AUGUCACAAGACACAUCUCCCAUGGACAAGGUACCUGAUGAGGAUAUUAUAUCAACCCCUAUCAGACCAGAGUCCCCAGGAGUUUCUCUCGCUCUUUCUACCCCUAUGUCUUUGAGAGCAUGGACAAUACCUAAAAUCACUGCCGAACUUAGGCUCAGGGGCAUCCCCUUUCCGGCUACAGCCCGAAAGGUGGAAUUAUACAGACUGUUAGCCAACCAAGCCCCAGAGCCUAGGCCAGGCACAAGCUCUCAAAGCCAAGUUUCUGGCGCUGGCAUUGCUACCCAGGACACCCUUGCGGCAAUCCUGGCCAACCUGCAGACCCUAAACAGCAGGUUAAGCAAGGUGGAAAGUGCCAUAGCCUCCCCAGGUAACCUCCCUGUUUCUAUAGCCCCAAUCCCGGCUGUACCUAUGGCACCAACACCCGUACCUACACUUCCCCCUCCAGCUCCUGCUCCAGUAAACCUGGGAAUUUCAGAAUUCCUGUUCAAGCUUUUGGUUCUGCAGUACUUGAUGGAUUCAGAUGGAAAGAUAUGGAAACGGCAGCCCUGCCAGUUAUAUGUCAUUGAGAUGUUGGAUUCUCCGAAACAGAUGCAGACACAUUCUGUUCAUCACGUGACACAGCAUAAUUUCAUUGAUCUUUUCCCCAAAGUAACAUGUGGUUCCCCAAAAGAGGUUCUGACAAGAAUCACAGAGGACUCUUUAAAUGAUGGUUGUGAGGAUCCAGGAAUGGACAUUAAGGAAUUUCACAGCGAGUGGUUUCAGAGACCCUACCAGUACCUUGUUCGUUUUGAACAGCACGAGAAUCUAGACACAUUUAUGUACAGAGAAGGCACUAAAGAGGGAGACUCAGCAAGAUGUUUGCAGAUACUUCUACUGUACUGCGGAAUAAUGGACCCUUCUUGGUCAGAACUAAGGAACUUCACAUGGUUUUUAAACCUUCAGCUUAAGGACUGUGAAUCUUCUAUAUUCUGCAACCAUGAAUUAGUUGGAGAUACGCUGCAAGGCUUCAAAAAUUUUGUGGUAAACUUUAUGAUCUUAAUGGCAAAGGAUUUUUCAACACCUUCCUUGCACAUUGCAGAUCAGAGUCCAGGAAGGCAUACAUUUGCUAAAAUCAAUGAAGAAGAUAUUGCCCCAUUCUUGAUGCGUAAAAAAUGGGAAUCUGAGCCACAUCCCUACAUUUUCUUCAAUGAAGAUCAUGAAUCUAUGACCUUUAUUGGGUUCCAUCUGCAACCUAAUAUCGAAGGUGGAGUAGAUGCCAUAAAUCCCCAAAAUAAGAGUGUUAUUAAGAAAAACAUCAUGACCAAACAGCUUUAUGCAGGUUUACGAGCACAGAGAGUACCUUUUAAUAUUAACUUUGAUAAAUUAUCCCGAGAUGAAAAAAUAAGCAGAUUAUCCAUGGUCUUGGGAAUCCAGUGGCAGUUUGAACCUGAUGAGACUUAUGAACUCACCCUGGACAAUAUUCUUAAGAUUCUGGCUAUAAAGAUGCGGUUCCGCUGCGGGAUUCCUGUUGUAAUAAUGGGUGAAACUGGUUGUGGAAAAACCAGGCUCAUAAAGUUUCUGUGCCAACUGUGCAAAGGGUUUGCUGAAACUGAAAAUAUGAAACUUGUUAAGGUGCAUGGAGGUACCGGUGCUGACACAAUAUAUAAAAAAAUCAAGGAGGCGCAAGAAAUUGCACUUUACAACACUGAGAAUCAUAACUGUGAUACUGUGUUGUUCUUUGAUGAGGCAAACACAACCGACUCCAUCAGCAGCAUCAAAGAAGCUUUGUGUGACCACACCGUGGAUGGAGAGCCUUUAAAGGUGAACUCUGGAUUACAGAUCAUCGCAGCCUGUAAUCCAUAUCGAAAGCACUCUGAAGAAAUGAUCAAUCGAUUAGAGUCGUCUGGGUUAGGUUACCGAGUUAAAGCAAAUGAGACAAAUGAGAGACUCGGAUCAAUUCCAUUAAGACAGCUUGUUUAUCGAGUGCAUGCUUUGCCUCCCAGCAUGAUGUCACUUGUGUGGGAUUUUGGACAGUUAGAUGAUGAGACUGAAAAGACGUACAUUCACCAGAUAGUUCAACGCCUGGCAAAAGAUACAGGACUUUCUAAUGAUAACAUCCAGCUAAUAACGAUUGUACUGUCCGUCUCCCAGGCGUACAUGAGGAGAAGAAGUGAUGAAUGCAGUUUUGUUAGCCUGAGAGAUGUGGAGCGCUGCUUAGAAGUCUUCAAAUGGUUUUAUGAGCAUAGCAAACAGCUGUUAAAAAACCUAAGUGAGCAGCUGAGUAAGCAACAAAUAUUCAAAAGUGUAGCCCAUUGGUGUUUGGUGCUUGCUAUUGGUGUUUGCUAUCAUGCAUCUUUAGAAGAUAAAGAGUUCUACAGGCAGACUAUAUGUGGACAUUUUCCAGAACCAUACCAGAAUCCAGACAUGAUACUGCAAGAAAUAACAAAUAUGCAAGAUCUCUUCUUAUCUGGUGUUCAACUAAGAGAUACAAUAGCCCGGAAUCUUGCUUUAAAAGAAAAUGUGUUCAUGAUGGUUGUGUGUGUUGAGCUUAAAAUCCCAUUAUUUCUUGUUGGAAAACCUGGCAGCUCAAAAUCCCUGGCAAAGACCAUUGUGGCUGAUGCCAUGCAGGGCCAUGCUGCCCAUAAAGAACUGUACAAGUCCCUAAAGCAAAUCCAUCUGGUCUCCUUUCAGUGCAGCCCUCACUCAACUCCAGAAGGCAUCAUAGGGACCUUUAAACAAUGUGCCCGCUUUCAAGAAGGCAAGAAUUUGAAGGAAUAUGUGUCUGUGGUUGUCCUCGAUGAGAUUGGUCUAGCAGAAGACUCUCCCAAAAUGCCUUUAAAGACUCUUCACCCUUUGCUAGAGGAUGGAAGUAUUGAAGAUAAUCCUUUACCUCACCAAAAAGUUGGCUUUAUAGGAAUUUCUAACUGGGCACUUGAUCCAGCAAAAAUGAAUAGGGGAAUUUUUGUGUCUCGCGGAGAUCCAAAUGAAAAUGAACUUAUUGAAAGUGCUAGGGGAAUAUGCUCAUCUGAACUAUUAGUACGAGACAAAGUUGAAGACUUAUUUCAAGACUUCGCAAAGGCUUAUCAGAGAAUUUGUGAGAUUCAGAUGCAACAAAAUAAGGAAUUCUUUGGAUUGCGGGACUUUUACAGUCUGAUAAAAAUGGUAUUUGCUUGUGCUAAACAAUCAAAAAAGGCGCCAACUGCACAUGAAAUUGCACACGCUGUCUUACGUAACUUCAGUGGAUUUGAUGACAUUAAAGCCUUAAAUAUUUUUAAAUCAGAACUUGAAGAAUACCUCAGAGAGGGAAUUCAUAUAAAGGACUUGGUAAUGGAAAAUAUUAGAAGUGGUUUGGAGGAGGAAUGUCGGUAUUUGCUAAUACUGACUACAAACUAUGCUGCUUUAAAGAUUCUCCAACAUGCUUUCUCUGUGGACAAACAACCUGAAAUAAUUUUUGGUUCCAGCUUCCCGAAAGACCAAGAAUAUACUCAGAUUUGUAAAAAUAUUAACCGCAUUAAGAUGUGCAUGGAAACAGGAGAGAUGGUCAUACUUCUUAAUCUGCAGAAUUUGUAUGAGAGCCUCUAUGACGCAUUGAACCAAUAUCAUGUCCAGCUGGCAGGCCAGAAUUAUGUUGACCUAGGUCUAGGAACGCACAGAGUAAAAUGCAGAGUUCAUCCUAAUUUCCGAUUGAUUGUCAUUGAAGAAAAAUCAGUGGUAUAUAAAAAUUUUCCAAUUCCUCUUAUUAACAGACUAGAGAAACAUUUUUUAGAUAUUAACACAGUUCUAAAUGAAGAACAGAAAGCUGCUGUCUUAGAACUGGAAAAUUGGAUAAAGGGUUUCACUCCUGCCGACACAGAAAGCCUGCUGAUUGGAGAACAGGAAUACACUCCUUCAGAUGUGUUUGUUGGCUAUCACUCAGACACUUGUGCUUCAGUUAUUCUGCAAGUCACUGAAGACCUAGAAAACACCUUUCCUGAAAAUAUGGAAGAGGUGAGCAAUGCAGCAAAGCUGGUCUUGUUAAACUGUGCAACACCUGAUUCUGUUAUUCGAUGUGGCAAUGAUGAUCUAAUUGAGGAAUAUUUCAAGAUUCAGAAACACGGUUCCUUACUGGACUUCUUUUACAGCCAUAUGCAAGCAGGAUUCAGUAAUAAACCUGUGUACACAGAGAUCACAACAUUUUCACGUCUUUUAACAUCUGCUGAUAAGAAGGCAUUAAAUGAUGAAUUGCAGGACCAUGUUCAAAGCAUUGAAGUCUUUUCCCUCCAGCAAUUUGACACAGAGAGUUCCUUCUUGAAACAAAUAAGGAAUUCUGUCAGAGGUUCCACAAGAAAACAAGUUCUGAUAAUACAGACAGAUUUUGAAGAGAGUACCCAAGGAACUCACCUUGUAGCUUCAGCAAAGUAUGCUACGCUAAAUGAAAUUAACAAGGUGAAUCACAAGGAAGUUUCCGUGCUUGUCUGUUUUAUCACCAAACUCGCCAGAAUGCAAGGUGGAACAUCAUAUGAUGGUUUCUGUGGAGGACUCUGGAGGUCAAUACAUAUUGAUGAUCUGAGAAAAUCUAAGGAUAUGGUGUCGGAUAUUACUGCCUUACAGAAUCUCACCAUAAGCCAACUCUUCCAAGUCAAAGAAGUUGGAAACCAACAUGAGAUUACUGAAGGGGAGAUUGAUGAGGAUGAGCCCAGUGAGGUAUUAGACAGUACUACUCUUAUCCGGAGCUGCGUGCAGAAUUCUAUAGGAAUGCUUAGGGAUGGCCAGAGCAGUGUGAGUCGCAGUACAAAAAGAGUGGACAUACUGAUACAGCUAUUGAGCACAGAAGGAGACUUAAAUGCUUCCUUCUUAAAGGUGUUAAAGGUUCGUCUUCAUAAUAUACUGAAAACUCAGGAAGAGAAUUCAUACAAUCCACAAACGUGGGUAGUGCGAGUGGCCUCAAAUCUAAAAGCAUUGCAGGAAGCUGGAACGUUCAGGCAAACCCUGUGGAAGCGCAUCCAGACAGCAGUAACUCCAAUUUUGUCUCACCUUCUUUCCAUUGUGGACUGUGAUGCUAACUUGGACAUUCUACAUAUCCCAGAAGUGGCUGACUACGUGAAAUCGCUGUGGAUGUUCAUUUUCAGUGAUGAAGUUUUUCUAAAUAUUUCUUACAAUUGUAAUGAAAGGAGACUUCCAAGUAACAUAAUACCGGUUUACCAUAACAUGAAUCUCCCACUUUGGAGAAGAAACUUCAUGCCUUUCAGCUGGAGAAUUAAAGACUAUCUGGAAGGAAAAUGGGUUCAGGCUCAGAACACUAAAGAUUGUGAGAGCACAUUUGUAAGGGUCUUCUCUACCGAGUCCCUGGGAACGCACAUUUCCUUCUUAACCAAUGAUCAGCAAUAUGACGCAUUCUUACUAUAUAAAAGAGACUUCAUCCUACUGACCAUGAAUGUGUCCUCUGCUAAAGAGUUAGAGCUUAUCGAACUUGCUCUUUCAAUGUGUAUUGAGGAACUCAAACAGUCAGAAAAUUUCACGGAUCUGACUCUACCAGUGGUUCACAUUGCCUAUAAGAAAUUUCAGCACAGGUUACAAACUCUAUCAAGAAUUCUAGCCCUCUGCCCUCCGGUUCUAGAAAACCUUGCUGACAAAGCUAACGAGCCAGACUCAGCUAUGGCCAAUGGAGAGAUGGUUAUUGAUAUUUACGCUGGCAUUGCCUGCUUAGAAUUAUUAAAAGAGAACAUAUUAACACCAGACCCACAAACAUGGCUGCAUCAAGUGAAAAAUGUUCAAAUGCCAAUCGAACUCAUCUGUUCUGAGAACUAUCUGCAGGGUCGUAGCCAAAUUGGAGAGCAAGGAAUCGAAACCAUCAGAUGUCUCUGGACGGCUUUAUUCUCCAUGGCUUUGUUUAUCGAUCAUGUAUUGCUGGAGGAGGAUUCUCAGGAUAGAGAGAUGCAGGAGCUGUUACAAGUAAACACCAUGUACCUCGGAACGGUUUUAGAAGAUAUUACUGAUCUAAAAUCCCAAAGAUCUUUAAUGAUUGUCAUAGCAUUCCUUCAAAAAUGCAGAGAGGAAUUUGGAAAAGCAGUUUCCAGAUUUGGAGAUCCAGUGUGUGCAGUCUGCUUCGAGGAUCCCAUGGAGCCAGUCUGUCUUGACUGUGACCAUAUAUUUUGCCAGAAUUGUAUAAACCUUUAUCUGGAGACUGGUAGAAACAAUUGUCCGAUGUGUAAAGCAGAAGUGCCGGAGGAUUUCCGUGUCGUUGUGUCAGAAAAUGUCAGGCAUGCCGUACAUAGAUAUGUGACGUUUAAGCAGCAGUGCAAUGUGUUUUUUAUUGACAUUAUUUGCACCCUGUGCUUUAAAGACAACACUCCCCCUGACAAAGAUGUGAUUCAUUAUCUGCUGACUUUACUUUUCACUACCAAGGAGGAUCCUACAUGUUCAAGUUGUAACACAAGAGCUCUUUCACCAUUUGAAGAUGCUGUAGACAAAACGCCAGUGAUCCGCUCUGUAAUAUUGAAACUGCUCCUGAAAUACAGCUUUCAAGAAAUAAUAGAAUUUGCAGAAGAUUACUUACAGAGAGUACAGCAAAUCACUAUUCUCACCAAGGAAGAUAAGAUAGAAGCAUAUUUACUGUUUCUUAACUGUUUAGAGGACUCUUUGUAUGAGAAGGAACAAGGUAUGUCCACAGACAGACUGCUCGAAGAAGAGGGAGAAUUCCUGAAUCAGUACCUUCAAGAUAACGGUCAAUAUGAAUCAGAGGAACCAUCAAUCGAGCUACUUCUACAAAUUGCCAGGAUUAGAUUGACGCUGGACAUGGCAGCCAAGAUGUUCUAUGAAGAAACUGACCAUGUACCCAGCAAAAGAGAAUUCAUUCAGAAUGUAAAGGAUUUACUUACCAUGUCUGGUAAUGAUUGGCACAGAGUGUAUUUAAUGCGCAAAUUGGCAAAUCAGUACGGGAUUGAAAGUGUCCAAAAACUCUACCACGAUAAAGAUUGCAGGUGGCUUUUUCCUAUGGAGAUCUUUCAGACAGAGGUGAACCAGAACACUCAAAUUGACCUGUUCUUGGUGUGUGGAGAUCGCUACAAAUAUUUGAGAGAUGGCCUCAAUAAAGCUCUACUUGAACAUAAUGAAGAAAGCAUUGUUAAUUUUCAACAGGAAUGUGUGAGUCCUGAUUGGGAACUGCCUGUCCAUAUACUUCUGGCCGUUUACAGGGAAAUAACCUUGUGCAAAGGGCUUCAAGACGGCACAACUACAGACAGUAUGGAGGCAAGUGUCUAA